UGUUUGGAGCGCAUGCGCCCCGCCUGGGUUUUGGUCAGGAGCGGAAGCGGAAACAGCUCCUCUUUCUCUUCGACUCGCGGGCGAAUCGCCAUGGUCUACAAGCGGUACGUGGAGAUUGGCCGCGUGGCCUACAUCGCUUUCGGUCCACACGCCGGCAAGCUAGUAGCGAUCGUCGAUGUCAUCGACCAGAACCGGGCUUUGGUCGAUGGUCCUUGCAGUAGUGUAAGGAGGCAGGCUAUGCCAUUUAAAUGCAUGCAGCUCACUGACUUCAAGAUUAAAAUACCACAUAGUGUGCGUCACAAGUUUGUUAAAGCUGCUUGGGAAAAAGAGAAAAUCAAUGAGAAAUGGGAAGCAACUCGUUGGGCGAAGAAGAUCGAAGCCCGGGCAAAGAGAGCUAAAAUGACUGAUUUUGACCGCUAUAAAGUCAUGAAGGCCAAGAAAAUGAGGAACAGAAUCAUCAAGCUAGAAUUGUCUAAACUGAAGAAAGCUGCCAGCAAAAAGGCAUGAAUGUCCACCCUUGAACAAAACAAUAAAUAACAUGUAUUAACACCAAA